AAGGGCACCUAGUAUAUUCUUAAAUUGUUUAUCCUCUCAAAAUUCACACUUAAUAACCCCCUAAAAAACAAAGGGGAAAAGGGAAUCUACAUUAGUAGAAAUAGUUGGUUAAAAUUUACCAUCUACUACUUCUUCAAAUAGAAUAAAGGAAUUAGUCAUUACAAAAAUACAAUUAAGGAGCAACUUCUUAAUUAAACAAACUUAAAUGGGAGAAAAAAAAAAAAAAAAAAAAAGUACACUUUUAAAAUUGUUGCGUUAUGCGGGACCCAAUUUCAUACUUUUCUGGCACUACAAAUACCUCCUCCUCAUUCUUCUCACUCACAUUAACCAAGUUUCAAAAAAUUAAAACCCCACAAAACUCAAGUACUCAACCAAAAAAAAACAAAAAAACAGAGUACUCUGUAUUUAUUAGAAAAAGAGAGAAAAUAAAAACAGAGGUUUAUUGUUGUUGUUGGUUGUUUAUGAUCGAAGUAAAAUAUAAGGAAUUCAGAAAAAUUGUCCAAAUUCAAACAAAAAAAGAAAAAGAAAAUCGAACAUCUCUCUAAAUUUCUCUGCAUCUUAAGUAGUUGCAGAAAGAAGAGAGAGAGAUGUCAGCAGGGUGGUUUGACAACGCCAGCUGCCUUGAAAGCCCUUAUAAAAUGAUCAUCAAUGAAGAUAAUUCUUUCAUACAAUCAAAACAGGGCAUUGUUUCUUUACUUAGCUCUGAUUUUAACAACUCUUCUUCUUUCAACAACAAUUCUAUUCGAAGAACUCUCUCUGCUGCUGACAUGUCCUCCUCACAAAAAUGGAUUACUCCUCAUUCUUCCCCUUCUUCUUUCAAGAGGGUUCAUUCCUCGCUCGCCUUAGGCGAGCAUCAUCACAACAACAUUGUUGAUGAUAACACUCGUGGUAAUUAUGAUCAUGAUAACAACAACAACAACAACAACGUGGGUGGUCAGGCAUUUGAGGAAAUCUGGAGUUCUAUUCAAGCUGACAAGAAGAGUUGGGGCUCUAUUCUUUCUCCUGGAAAGACUGAUGGGUCUGGGUCUAGGUCUAAGUCUGGGUCUGAGCCGGGUCAUCUUCCUCCGCCGUAUGUUCACCCUUUGGCGAAGCGUUCAAGCUCGCUUAGUGAGAAGAGCCUUGAGAUUUGUACUGAGAGUCUCGGGUCAGAGACCGGGUCUGAUGGGUUUUCCUACCCGGCUUCGGACCCCGAAGACGAGCACGAGCAGGUGGAGGAAGAGCAAGAGAAGGAGAAGGAGAAAGAGCAAGAAGAGUUAGAGGAGAAAGGAAAUGUUAUUGUAGAAGUGGGUAAUUAUAACUAUAAGUGCAACAACAACAGCUUGAGGGGUCCCACUAUAAAGAGGUCAAUGAUGGUCCCUCUUGUAAGGCCGUCAUUCCCUCCUCCUCUUCCUUCAUUGGCUCACCGAGAUGACGGGUCCAACCUCCACAUACGGUCCCACCGCCAAGACGGCCGCCUUGUCGUUGAAGCUGUCGCAGUUCCUUCUCAGAACUGCUUCCGUGCGCAACGACAAGACGGGCGCUUGCUACUAACUCUCAGUACUAGUACUACUACUGAUGAGCAUGAACUGGAACAAAGCAAGGAGAUACUCGAGGCUGCUAUCGUAGAGAAUUAUGAUCUUGAAGAAGAGAAAGAAGGAGGUGAAGAGGUGUUGGCUAUACCGAGGGGGAUGAUGAAUGUACAAAGGUCAUGCACGGCAUUUACAAUGAGUAAGCUCAUGGAGUUAAGCUCACGGAACAAGUCCACAUGGCCUCGCAAAUACAACAAAACAGUAAUCAAAACUCUUGACGACAAUGAGGAAGAGAUAGAGGAUGAUGAGUUGGUAGUGACGCGAUCACUGCCACCUCAACCAAGGGUGAGUGCGAGCACAGCCACUGCUGCUGCUGUCGCCCUGAAUGCCUACGAGUACUACUGGCGACGGAGCAAUAGCCCCGCGGCAGCAGCAGUGGCUAUGCUCAAUCCACUUGUAGGGCACAAGAAUAAUAAUAACAAAAAUUGUGCCCCACAAGUGGAAAAGGAUGAUGAUACCAAAAGGAAUAACAACAAGUUGCUUUAUGCCGCCCAUAAUAGAAAGGGAGAAGCAUUAGCACAACAAGAGGUGGUACUACUGAAAGCUGCAGGAACAGGUAGAGGAGGAGCAACCGCGGCCGAAAAGGCGGAGUAUCUUGUUCCCUUGAUGCUUAGAGGCUGUAAAGAACCCAAGAGGUCACUCUUAUUCUGGGAGCCUCCUUGCAUUGCUACCUCCUAAACACCCACCUCAUCACCUUGAUUUAAGUCUUAACCCUCUCUCAUUUCCUUCAAUAAUCCACCAUUUUCCAACAUCACUAAUAACUUAAUUCCAUCAUUUACAUAAUCCCUAGCUUAUUACUAUCAUUGCAAUUUAAGCCCUCUUUUCAAAUUUGUUGUAAUUUCCACCCUAUGAACGUGAUCACUUUAAUUUAUUGUCAUUUUUAGAAUUUUUAAUUUAUUAGGCCAUCCCACUGGGGUUUCUUAUCAUGUUGUACGUAGUUUAAUAAAUUUUGCGAAAUCCUUUGUAAUGGAGAAGAAUUUAGUUUUACAUAUUACUACGAUUAAAUUUUAUAGUAGUAUGUAUGUAUGUAUUAAUUCUCCGAUUCUAAGAUUUCGAUUUGAGGCUUGGAUGAAAAAAGUGAGAUCGAUGAUGAUUUUUCUUAGAAA